UGCCUAACAAGACGAAAACCAAAAAGGCCAGAAAUGGGCUCGCUGUAACCAACCGAAAGCAGUGGCCGUUCAAAAACUGGUUUAAAGUGGAUUAUAAAUCCUUGAUCCUUUGCGUUCCCUUUGUUCCCCCGUAACGAUGUCGUUCCAUGGAGCAUUGAAGGAACUGGAGGAAUUGGAGGCUCAACUAAGAGACUCUGAAUUGCAAAUACUCCAGGUAAGUACCCGGAAUGCCGUUCUCCAAGCCCAAUUGAACGACAAGAAUCAGCAAAUCCGGGAUGCCCGCCUAAAAGUUGAGGAGUUAGAUCGGGUUAUCCAUGAUGAAAAUGAGAAAAUCCGAUGGAUCGACCAAGCCACUCAAGCCAAGCAGAAUAAUAUGAGGUUAAUUCAGGCCAAGUUACCGGAACUGGAAAGACAGAAUCAGGAUUUGAAGGCCAAGAAAGAGACCGAGAUCGAGCGGUUGGAGACAAGUCUAAAGCGGAAGCGUGACAGAUUGGCUCAAAGUAUGGCAGUCUGGUCUGGCCAUCCUCAGUUUGAAUAUUGGUCCACCAAGAAGAGAAAUGUGGCCUCUGUAGAUGAGGAAAUAGAAGAAGUCUUGGAUGCCAUUCAAAAGAUUCGUGAAGAGAUUAAAACUGAGAAAGAGGUUUGGAAUCGACAUCAAGCAAAGAGGAUUGAUCUGGACAAUUUGAGGAUGGAGCAUCAGGGUCAGAAAGACCAGUUAGCAGCGUUGGAUAGGGAAAGAGCUCAAUUAGAUCAGAUUUGGAACGACGAGAUUCAAGCUCAGGUAGAAAACAGGCAUCGGGGACCUAGAGAAUCUUCAGUCCAACCGUGUUCCGUGUCGCUUCAGAAAGAACAGGAACAAGCAAAACAACUGGAGCCACCCGAAUCCAUGGAUACCUCCGAACAAGUCAUAGAUUUGUCGUCCAGGGUUGUCGACUCUUCUCACAAUACCCCUGGUCAUACUACUCAUUAUGGAAAGGGAACGCCCAAACCGAGUCCAAAUUCUAAAUGGGCAAAAGUCAAGGUAACUCCCAAAAGGCCAUCGUUAUCAGCAUUGUUUGCUGCCACUCCCAGUCCGAAAACCGAGUCCUCGCUUUCCGCCAACAAGAUCCCAAACAUUGGAAAAUUGUCCCUACCUGCUUUUCCUAAACUCAAUCCCCCGCGAACAAGCAAAUUAGGCUCAAUGCCCGCAGUUCCUAUUAUCUUUCCAAUGAGACCCAUGGGAGAUGCGCUGCGUGCGACGAUCAAGUCGAAUUUUCCUCCUUUGAAUUUGAAGCUGAAUAUGCCGAAGACUAAUUUGACGAACACCAAGUCGCCACUGCCGCAAGUGAAUUCACCCGCACCACUUCAUAACCCUGCACCAAAUUCCCUUUCACCAGACAAAUCGUUCCAGUCUGGUUCCAAGGAGCCCGAAGAUCCCAAACAUUCAAGUCAAUCUACGAAUGACUUCGACUCGAUGAAGUUUGCGAAAGGCGACCAACCCAUUUCUGGAUCAGAGAAGGAAUUUCAAUUUGCCGGCUUCGAAUUCAGGGCCAAUGAUGGCAAUGCGUCAGCGAGCAACUUCAACAUGGAGGGGCGUGAUUUUACUUCCAUCUUUGGAGGCAUAGACACAAAUGGCUCCGAAAAGAAAAGUUCAGCUGGAGAAGAUCCUUUCUCGUUCGCUUUUAAUUUUUGAAAACUUGGCAGUUAAAGGAUUGAGCCAAUGUUGGAAAAUAAAUUGCCUCUAAAUUUAAAA